GUAUUUUUGCGUUGCUUCUAGUGAUUUUUAUUAGCCUGACUCGUCCUGCUUGUAAUUUCUGUAAAUUGACCGCCCGAUCCUUGACACUCUGUGGUAAACACACAAAAUUGCUUGACUGACGUUUUCGUUGUCGCGCAGGAAUUGUUAUUUUACUUCCUACAGUUUUUAACGACACUAAAGAUCUUGCUGAUUAUAACCUGGUGCAGGAAAAGAGCCAGCCAGCCAGCCAAGAUGCCAGAAACGGAGGAGGAGGUGAGCAUGUCGGUUCGCUUGACGAACGAUGAUUUCCGGAAGCUCCUGAUGACCCCGAGGGCGUCAGUGCCCUCGGCCACUCCGGCCUCCGUGCCCGGUACGGCGAGGGAUGCCAGCGCGAAGACCGCUCAGACCCCCCAGGUCAGCGGGGGCAGCCGGGCGGAGCUGCGCAGGAAGAAGAAGAGCUUCUACGCGAAGCUGAAGAAGCAGGAGGAGGAUAAGAUGGCCGAGCUAGCGGAGAAGUACAGGGAUCGCGCGAGGGAGCGUAGGGACGGCACCAAUCAGGAUUACCAAGCGGAGGAUCCUAUGAACAAUGCCAGCGCUUAUCGAGCCGUCGCGCCGGAUGUCAAGUCCGGCAUGGAUGCUGCGGAGCGCAGGAGACAGAUGAUUCAACAGUCCAAAUUCUUGGGUGGUGACAUGGAGCACACUCACUUGGUCAAAGGCUUGGAUUACGCCCUUCUGCAAAAAGUACGCAGUGAGAUCGAAGCGAAAGAACACGAACAGGAGCAGGAGUUGGAAAAGCUGGUGAAGCCGAAGGAGGUGAAGUCGAAGAAGGAGCCACUUCCAGAGAAGAAGGACGACGAGAUGCAAUUCAAGACUAAGAUCGGUCGGAACGUGUACAAAACCAUCAUGACUAUGAAAUCCAAGCAGAUCGAAAGAAACGAGCUUUUCACGCCGGGUCGCAUGGCGUAUGUGAUCGAGCUGGAUGACGAAAAUGCCGACGUCGACAUACCGACGACGCUGAUCAGAAGCAAGGCGGACGUGCCGACGAUCGACAACAUGCCGACUCUCACGACUAACGAUAUUGUGAUCAACAAACUGGCGCAGAUACUGUCGUACUUGCGCCAGGGUAGCCGUCACAGCAAGAAGGGCAAGAAGCUGAAGGAUGGACGCGGUCGCGGCGACGAGCUGAACGACGUAGAUAUCCAACCACGACCGCCCGCCGCCGACGACAGCAUUUACGGCGAUAUUGGCGACUAUGUGCCGACGGUGACGAGUAAGAAGGACGCGCAGCAGCGCGAGAAGAAGAAAAGCUCAUAUUUCGAUAAACCCGAGUCGAAUUUGGACACUGACGACAAGGCGAAUGCGCCCCAAUUGCCCAACGUUUUGCCGAAUGUGGUAGCCGCCGCUGUAGCCGCCGCCGCGGAUGGCAACGCGCCGAAGAAGGGUGCGUUGCUGAACAAACUCGCGGCCGAGCCGGAAGGAUACGCCGAGUGUUAUCCAGGCUUAGACGAGAUGCAAGACGCCAUCGACGACUCGGACGAUGAGGUGGAUUACACGAAGAUGGACCUGGGUAACAAGAAGGGCCCGAUUGGUCGUUGGGACUUCGACACGCCCGAGGAAUACAGCGAAUAUAUGAACAACAAGGAGGCGCUACCGAAGGCAGCCUUCCAGUACGGCGUAAAGAUGGCCGAUGGCAGGCGCACCAGGAAGUACAAUAAGGAGAAGAACGAGAAGGCGGAGCUCGAUCGCGAGUGGCAAAAGAUCCAGAACAUUAUGAACAAGAGAAAACCGACGACAGCGAUCGACGGCGCAUCCGAAUUCAAAGUACCGCGAUAUUGAACGACUCGACUUGCGAAUCUGUUUCGAUUUAUCGCAUGGAUGAGGAGGUCUAAAGAAUUUAAAACUGAAUCAUCUCUUGAAUCGUUAGGUACGUGUUAGACGUGAAGAAAAAUCGCUUUAUCGACAAAAGUAAAUUUUCUUUUCUGUAUAGAUACAAUAAAAUUUCUUCGCGAUUUUUGAAAUUGUAUCCUUAUCGCGAUA